AUGCCGGCCACCUCACCUACCGUACGUCCUUCAAAAUCAUCCAUACAUCUCCCGAAUAAGGACGUACUCGGACGACAGGGCGCGUUCGUCACAUCAACCCGAAACACAAAUAGCAUGUAUAGCGCUCAGGCCAUAGCAGUAAAGGAAUCAUAUCAAGGAAUACAAAAUACAUCAUCCGAGGCUAAAAAGAAGACUCCUCAGAGACCUAUCACCCCUUCACCUUUUGCCAAAAAUACAACCGAGGGAAAUAAACCCGUUUCCAAAAAAAUAAUAAGAUCAAAAGAUGAUUCACUUUCUGUUCCACCUGGUCCUACUCUCAAAACUGGUAAUUCCAGACCAGUUACGCCUCAUGGUGCUCAACCAUCUGGUAGACCUGUCACCUCAAAAGAAAAAAGGCCACCAAGUAUUUUAAAAUCGGAUAAAAAGAAACUUCCUCAAGAUACUAUAAAACAAUCCGGUUCUAAAUCAUCUGUCAUAACACAAUCUGUUUCUCCUCCUGCUCCAACCUCCGCUCAUGCUACUUCUCAUCAAGCAUCUGCUCAUCGUCGUUCUCAUGAACGUGUUGCUUCCCCUGAUAAAUCUUUAUUAGAAGAAAACAGAAAAUUAAAACGCCUCCUAGAUGAACGUGAAGAAAUGUUACAUGAGAAAGAAAUUGAAUUACAGGACGCUGCGGAUAUUAUUGAAGCUUUAUCCGCUCGUGUUGAACAAUUCCAACGUGACAAUUCAUUAUUACGUGAACAAUUAGCUUCAUCUAAUUCAACUUCUAACCUAUUGUCUGCUAUCUCCAAUAAUUAUCAACGUAUUCGUGGUGAUUCUCCUAAUACUAUUUCAACUUCUCCAUCUCCUACCCCUACCCCUAAUUCCUCUUCAUUUAUUAAUCCUUCUUCUAAACUUGAUGUUCAACCUUCCCUUUCCCCAAAAACCACUUCUCCUCCUUCCGUUGGUAAAACCACAAAAAUUAGAGAUUCUGAUGUAGACAAUACUGAUUAUGUAAAAGAGGCUUCUCAACCCAUACCAAAAAUUAUAGAACCUAUUAAUUCUGUUAGACCUCAUUCUAGAAUUUUAGAUAAACCUAUGAAUCCUAAUUUAUCACCUUUCUCGUAUAGACAGGAAGGAAUCGCUGGUAAACGAGAUCUUCAAUUCGCAAAAAGGGAAGCUGCCGUUAAAGAUGUAAUAAUGGAAGAUUCGGAUGAAAGUGAAACUGAUGAAUUCUUUGAUCAUAAUAAUGAUAAUAUACCUAAUGAUCAAGUUGAAUCUGAGAAUGAAAUUGAUGAAGAUGAUGAAAUCGGACUUCCACAAGACGUUUUGAAUCUAGUUGAAGCCGAAGUUUAUAAUAAAAUGUCACCACGUCGUCUUCGUCGUUAUCGUGGUGAUUUAAAUGAACCUUCUACCCUAACUGUUGAACAGUCUAAUGUUAACUCAACUGAAGGUUCUGCUUCCGGUAAAAAUGGUCAAUCGGUCUUAUCAUCAUCACAACAAAUUUCUUUAAAGGUUAAUGGUAAUGUUUCUAAUACAACACAACAACGAUCUCAACCUCGUACAACUUUUUUAUCGGUCUCAUCUAAAGAUCAUCUUUCACCAACAUCUUAUUCACAUCUUCAUCCCCAUCGUGAUUCUAUGUCUUCUGUUACUUCCGAUUCAUCUGACGAUCUGGGAUUAUCAAACAAUGGUUCUUAUUCAUCUUCAGUCACCUCUUCAUCUAUUAACGACGACGAAAAUGGUUUCUCAAAACAAACUCCAGUUUCAAAUCCUCAAUCAUCAUCUGUUCCAAAAGCAAUGGCUUCUUCUCAACCUACCACUGGAUCUUUAAAUAAAUCCAAACUUAAUGUUUUAAAUGCCUUAAACUCAUCCUCUCGUGUUAAAAACUCUGGUCUGGCUUCCAAAUUAAACUCGGAUAUUCCCUCUUCUGAUGAACGAUGUCCAACACCGGUUCCUCAUAAUCGAUCAAAUUCAUCUGGUCGUAAUGUCAAUGAUGGUCAUACCUCAGCUACUCGUCGUAUCUCUAGUUCUGUGGAUUCUUAUCGUUCUUCAUCUCCAUCUCCGGCUUUAUCCCAUCAACGACCUUCUCCAAAUUCUGGAAAAAAUGGUUUGGUUCGCCCAGUUAGUCAAAUUGUUUCCGAUUCAAAAAAUAGGUCGCCUUCAACACUUCUUAGACAAGUUACAGCUAAUCGUCAAACUUCGUCUCCAAUUCCAUCAUCAAACCGUUCUUCGACCCCUGCUCGCUCUCAAUCACCUGCUCUGACUACAUCGUCACGUGCUUCGACCCCUGUCACAGAAUCUAAUCAUUCUGUGUCAAGUCAACCUCGACGUAGUCGUCCUAAUGAAAAUGUUGAUCCUUCUAUUCCACGUCCACCACCUCCAUUGCCUUCACCAGCAUCUGACGCUGAUGUUACAACCAUUCAAAAUUACCUUCGACAUUAUCUCCGUUUAAUUGCUGAUUAUAGCACAAUGGAUAACCCUCUUAAAUUUUAUGAUCUUAAAGGGGUUAUCGAUGAAGGAUCAUCUGCUAAAGUAUAUACAGCUCAUCCAUUAGCUUCUAUUGAAGAUGAGGUCGCUGUAAAGAUAAUCCCUCUUGCAUAUUCUUUGGAAUUCAUUUUUAAUGAGAUUUAUGUUCUUAAACAUCUCAAACAUAAGAAUAUUGUUGGAUACAAAGAAAGUUUCUUAAGAUGGGAUGGUGAUAUUCGAGAAGUAUGGUUUGCUAUGGAAAAAUGUGCUCGUGGUGAUGUUACUAAUCGUGCCGGAAAGAUUACUCCCCGUGAAGUUAGUCGAAUCACUGGAGAGCCGACUUUGGCAUCUCCUCAUUGA